AGCUUUUUUAUUUGCAGACAGUUCAACUCGUGUCGGCAAACCGACCACAACACAGCAAGCCAACGUCUCCUGGACGAUGUGCGGCGAAGAUGGCGGCAGCGACAGUCAGGAGGCCUCCGUAUAAGGAUUUCCUACAGCCAGCGCUGCAACGGCGCUUUGCAACGGCAAGCUUGUUUGUGCUCGCCGUCGCAUACCUCCAGGCGCUGCUCUUGGCGAAUUGGAGUUCUCUAUUUUGGUCAUGGUUUCCAAUCGGGCCGACCGGCCUCCGUGCCGUCCUCUUCUUCUUCUGCAGCAUCUCCGUCAUCAUCCUUCGAAUCGCCCAGUACCACCCCGGGCUGCGUACCUCCGACUCGGCUGUCCACACCUUCUUCCGCUAUGCGCCGAAGUUCCAGACCGUCGAGACCGUUCUGACAUAUGCAUUGUCGGCAUUCGUCUUCAGUCAGAUUUACCUGUGGUCGGUGCCCGAAGGUUCGGGCAUGGAGCGGGUCACCUAUUUCGUGUCGGACAGGGCGAGGCUUAACGAGAAGCCGAUCUUCCUGACUACCCAUCUGGUGCUUCUGGGGGUCUACCAGGCACUGCAACAUCUCUUCGGGGACAUCGACAGGCUGGCGAUCGGCGUUGCUAGGCCGCACAAUAGGAGCGGGAAGAAGCCCGAGGAUGGGGACUCGUCCCUCCAGGUUCGCCGGUUCCGGGAUCGGCUGCCAGAAAUCCUCCUAUACACGAUCAACCAGUCAUUAUUCGGCCUUAUGAUCAGUGGUGUCCUUUAUCCCAUGUUCUUCCGCGCCCCAUUAUGGAAGACCAUGAUGGUGUUCUUACGCCCCAUCUACAACCUCCCCAGGAGCAACAUGGUUCCCCCGACUCUGCCUUACUCCUUCUCGAAUAUCUUGCGCUGUUACCUCGUGAGCCUGAUGCUCAUGUUCGCCUGGACAGUUGCCAACAAUGCUUUCUCCCUCUUCUUGGUUAAGAGUCCCCUGAAGCACGGAAAGCCAUUGACAUCGGAUUCAAAGGACCCGAAUGGCAGUCUCCUGAAUGGACUGAAGAAUAAGAAGCUUUCCAUCAAGUGCUUUGCCAUGUGGGAGUUGGCCUUUAUCGCCCGCGACUUCCCCGAGAGACGCAAAGCUAUUUUUGAAGACAUCGAUCGCAAGGACGGUCCCAUGUGGUCCCAGGUCUACAAGCUCUGUCUAGACAUUCUCAAGACCAUGGAAACAAAUAUUGACACUUACGUGGCACCGCCGGCACCCGCGCCUGCUCCCGCUGAGCCGCCAGCCGAAGAACGAAAGCGGACGACCUCUCCCCCGAAGGACGAUCCCAUCUUCCAGCCAAUCCAUGCGAACAAAGGAAAUUUCCUCAACCGGGUGGAGAAAGCCGUCAACCAAACGGCUCUCGCGCCCGGCCAGGCGUCCCAGCUCAGCCCGGCCGCGAAAAGGGCUGUCGAGUCCGCCAAGCAGGGGCUUAUCAAACUCCAGAAAGAGGCCACCGGCACAGAAGACACGCAAGGCCUCUUCAAAGACCUCGCCCUCAAGGUUCUUCAUUCGCCCGUCGGCUGGCCCUUCAGGCAGCACUACCGCCGGCGUCUCACCCACGCGGUUUUCGGCGGCCCCUACGGCGAGCCAAGCCUGUACAUCAACGCGGCCGUUGCGCUCAGCCAGCUGGCCGUGCACAGCCUGCACGAGGACAAGUACGGCAACGUGCAGCGGGACGUGGCGGCCAUCAUCCGCGCCCUGACGGGCCUGGCGAAGAAACUGGACGGGUUUAAGGCGGAGCUGGCCACGCACUGGACCGAUGUCGAGGGCAAGCGGGAGUGUCCCGAAGUGGAGCAGGUUUUGGAGGCGGUCAGGGAUGCGCUGGCGAAGCUGGUAGGAGCGUUUAGCCCAUAUGCGAGGGAUUUGAGGCUGAGCUUGGCGGAUGUGAGGUUGGCGAGGGAAGCGGCAGGGUUGGUUGGGUCCGAGGGGGAGGUGCAGGAGGUUAGGAACGGGAGGAAGUGAUUGGUUUGGGGGAGGAGCCGGCUGUUUCAUACAUCACAACUGGACUAGAGGGUUAUUAGGCUAGGCUUUGGGAUAACGGCUGGCCGGGGUGUAUCAGAAUGUACAAAAGCAGAUCAUAUCUGGCUUCUGUUUUUUUAGAUGAUAUGAAAGGGUCUGGUAAAAAGCAUUGGGGCCCGUCCAAACUCACUCUCGAAUUCGGUACGUACAGCAAAAAAGAAAAUCUACCCUUGCCUAACAGCCACACAUACCUACCUACCUACCUACCUACCUACCUACCUACCUACCUACCUAC